GGACUCUUAUCGUGAUCUGAGAGCAGAUCUCAUCACAGCCAGUAAUGCUUUUUAUUAUCCAUUAGCUUUUGAGGUGUCUCUUAGACUUGUCACUAAUAAUCUGAGUUGAUAAUAACCGAAUAUCUGUAUUAUUCACUGCAUCGCGCAUGCUUAGUUGAGCAAACCUCAGUCGCAACUCCCAACGCCUGUCAUGUCCGACGAUCCUCUCCUCACUUCUCUUUGCGGAAUAUGCCACAUACGAGACCCGAAAUACAAAUGCCCACGAUGCGGUGCUAAAACAUGCUCGCUGGCAUGUGUAAAGAAGCAUAAAAAUUGGUCAUCCUGUACCGGCGAGCGCGACCCUACCGUCUACAUCCCGCCCGCCGAACUACGAACUGAUCGCGGCAUCGACCACGAUUACAAUUUCUUACAUAAACUGGAGCGCAAGGUCGAGCAGGCCGAGAAGGAGUUCACCGAAGAACGAGGAAUAUUGCCCCAGCGAGAGCGGGACACCCGACCGAACAAGCGGGCGAGAUUCAGCAAAGGACAAAGUCGGGGAAGGACUACUCUAGGAGAAGGGCUACGACCAUGGGCCAGAACAGCGCUCGUACGACUACGCAAACUAGGUAUCAACGUUGAGCAUGCACCAUAUGGCAUGACUAGGGCAAGGGAGAAUAAGACCGCCUAUAGCCACAAGCUGCGAGCGAUCAAUUGGCAAAUUGAGUGGCUCCUUUUUGGCUCAGAAGACGCCCCCGCCAGAAUUCUCAGCAAGGCGCCAGACACAACACCCCUAUACGUGGCUUUCGGAGACUGCCAGUGGCACAUACUUAGUAAGGAUGAGAGAGAAGCAGAGAAGAAAGUGCAAAAAGCCAAAAGACUGGAAAAUGGAGAAGACGAGGACGACGAGCCCGACGUCCAAGGGCUCCAGCGCGCAAACUCGGGGACAUGGACCGAGGCCUUCAGCAAUUUACAGCUCUCUUCAACCGGAAGAUGGAACACGACGACAGUCAUGGGGAAGCAGAAUUCGAAAGAUUCAGGGAUACGGCAUGACAAGGACAAGUAUAAGUUCUUCCUCGGAAACCCUAGGGACCCAGCUAGGGAAGCAAAGAAACUUGUGCCGAUUUCUGCGACACACUCUCUGGAGACUAUUUUGAAGGGCUUGACGGUAGUUGAGUUUCCUCAGAUCUACGUCUUGCCGGCCAACUCAAGCCUUCCUGUCGGAUACGUGUUAAACAAGCCGAAGAACGAAUCAAAGCCAAAUAGCAAGAAACGAAAGAGCGAUACGUUGGUGGCAUAUGCUUCAGACUCGGAUUCAGACUCAGACUCGGACUCAGACGCUGGACCCGGCCCCGAUAUCGGGCCCAGCUCUAAGGAAGAGGGCGAGGUCCGGGAAGAUGGGGGAGGGAACGCAAGUGAGCCUGAAUUCGAGUUUGAGAACGAAGAGCAACGUGCAGCAUUCUUAGCAGCGUACCAGGCCAACGCAGGGGCAGACGGCGACGAUACCACGAGCAGUUCCGGUUCUGACUCGCCGGAUGAUUCCCCAGAUAUGGAUGUAGAUUAGUGCUUCACGCGGCGUGGUGUUUGUGGCCUACUAGGAUACCCUGUAUUAUUAUCAUCCAGCCAGUAAAUAGCAAGAAAUCCCACCUGGAUUGUUCUGAGGUGGCCGGUUGCACUGUGCUGGUUAGAGACAAUCAUGAAUGUAUGUGCAGGUGCGCAACGGUAGGUGCUCGGAUGUGAAGAAGACAAGGCAGAACAGGUGGGACUGGAUGUUGUUAGUAUUUAGCAGUUACUUUCGAGGAGUGAUUGAACCCCUGGUGCAGUCAGAUACUGGUAUGCGCCAACUGGCAAAAUAUCUCAACGCUUGCCGACAGAGAGUAACUUACAGUAACUAGGUCUCUCUCUCGGUUUCACUGUAAAAACAAACAAUCAAACAGAAGC